GUUACAUUCUAAUUUUUUUUAGUUUGUUUAUAUACAAACUAAAUUGUCAAUAAAUAUGAAUACAGAAUUUUUUUAAUGUUUGAGUGAAUUAAUAGUCGUUCGAUUACCUUAACUAGAAAAUUUGAAUCAAUCCGGUAUUUUUUUUCGAAUCCCAAAUAUCAAAAUUACCCAUCAGUCUUUCGUUUAUUUACAUCCGGUUUAGCAGCAUGGCUUCCCAAGAAGAAAGUGAAAACAUUGAGACUCCUAUUUUUGCCGAUAAUGACAAUAGCGUAUGUACAGAUGAGGUGUGCAUUGAAGAUGUGCAGGAUGAGGAGAUUGAACUUCAGUCUGAUAAUUACAUGUACUCUUCAAAUGAGUAUAAUGAUGAGAAACAAGUCCCCACACCAGAAAAGAAAAAGAAACUUGACAAUCUUGGAAGAGUUCGGCCCAGAUCAUAUGUGAAAAGUGGUGCAAGAAAACAAAAAUCUACAGAGCAACAGCCUUCGGAACUUGAAAGAUCUGAAACUGUCUCUUUAUCAGCUACAGACUAUUAUCCAACUGGUCAAUUAAACACAGAUUCUGAGAAACAUGAGGACUUUCCUUCCAAUCCACAAUUGCCCAUUAGGAAAGACUUUUAUGAAAUUGUUUCAGAAUUAAUGGAGACCAGUGUUGUUACAGAAAGUUGUGAAGAGGAUGAUUUUUCAUUUGAGAACUUGAUUCAAGAUAAUGAGAGUCAUGUGAUUGAGGAUCAAUUAAUAGAAGAUGAAGAAAAUCUGGCCAGUGACCCAGAAGAAAUUCUUCCAAAAGAUUCCCCAAUUUACCCAGGUCAUUUUAUGAGUGUACAUCAUAGUAUGGUAUUAAUUCUUCUUUAUGCUAUGUGCCAUUCUAUCAGUGGAGCUCAACUGGCAGAUACACUAACUCUUGUUAGUCUACACUGCUUACAUUCUCAUCCAGGUCUAAAGAGCAUUUAUGCUUUUAAAAGGUAUUUUGCAGAUAUGCAUUCUCCAAUAGUGAAACAUUAUUUUUGUAAGCAGUGUAUGACAAGUGUGAAAGAAAAUGACACUAAUUGUCCAUCUAAAGACUGUGGAAUACAAUUAGGAGUUAAAAACAAAGACUAUUUUAUAGAAUUACCAUUGGAAGAACAGUUAAAGAAAAUAAUGAAGAGGCCUGGAAUUUUGAAUUUAAUUAAAUCCAGAUUUCACAGAAAAAAGAAGCAGCUAAAUGGAAUUGAAGACAUAUAUGAUGGUGCUGUUUACAAAAGAUUUUCAGAAAAUGGAGGUCCCUUAUCUUCGGAAAACCCUACAAAUGUUUCAUUCACAUGGAACACGGAUGGAAUUCCUGUUUUCAAAAGCUCAAAAUUUUCCCUUUGGCCCCUCUAUCUAGUCAUUAAUGAACUCCCAUUCAAACAAAGAUUUUUGAAAGAAAAUAUGAUCCUUUGUGGACUCUGGUUUGGUGAGUCAAAGCCAUUUAUGAGUAUUUUCACAAAACCGCUUAUGGAAUCUCUGAAAAUUUUAGAAAGUAAUGGAAUUCAAUACGAAGUGGAGAGUGAGAAGAUUUGCACAAAAGGCUUUCUAAUCUGUGGCACAGCUGAUCUUCCAGCCAAAAGUAUAGUGUUAAAUUGUAACCAAUUUAAUGGCCAGUUUAGUUGUAUGUUAUGCUUACAUCCAGGGGAAACGUACAGAACACAAAAAGGUGGAAGUGUUCACACCUUUCCAUAUGAUGCAUCUAUGCCUAAACAUGAAGAGAGAACAACUGAAAAUUGCCUGAGAGAUGCAGUUCUGGCAAUAGAAAACAGAAAAACAGUCAAUGGAAUAAAAGGACCCUCAUUUUUGAUGACUCUAAAGUCCUAUGAUUUUGUAAAGUCAACCUCAAUAGAUUACAUGCACGGUGUACUUCUAGGAAUAGGUAAACUUUUAACUACUCUGUGGAUCAGCAGCACACACAGUAAGGAAAUUUUCUCAAUAUCUAACUAUGUUGAAAUUAUCGAUCAAAGACUUUUGCAGAUUAGACCACCAUCUAUUAUCACAAGAGUUCCAAGAUCAUUGUCUGACCAUUUUAAAUAUUGGAAGGCCUCUGAAUUGCGGUCUUGGUUAUUUUUUUAUUCAUUACCUAUUCUUCAUGAUAUUUUACCUGGGAAAUACUUGUUGCAUUUUGCUUGUUUCGUUGAAGGUAUUUUUUUAUUGUGUUCAGAUAGUGUAGCUUCUACAGACAUAGAGAAAAGCUCUAAGCUAUUGUCAUAUUUUGUGCACAUGUUUCCUUCCUUGUACGGGGAAAGAUACCUUACUUUGAAUAUGCAUUCACUACUGCAUUUACCACAAUGUGUAACACAAUUAGGACCUCUUUGGGUCUAUUCGUGCUUUCCAUUUGAAAAUAUUAACGGUACGUUGAUGGAAUUAUUCCAUGGUACACAAAAUGUUGAAUUACAAAUUAUGUGUGGUUUAAAUGUACUUCAGAAUAUGUCAAGUAUGAUUGAAGAAUUUGAUGAUCAGAGACUUCUAGACUUUGCAAACAAACUAAGUCAUAAACGCCAUUGUAUUAAAUCUGUAUUAGGAACAUCAUCAGGAUCUUUUCCUAUUGGCAUGAGUAAAACUGCUUUUUUGACAGAUAAUUUGUAUAGCAAAAUUUUUAAAGAAUGCAAAUUUAAACCAGUAAAGCUAUUAACAUAUAAAAGAAUAUUACUUAGAGGAAGAAUAAUACAUUCUAUGGAAUACACCAGGGUUUAUAUGAGAAAUACCUAUACUGUAAGUUAUUUUGACACGGUAGAUAAAAGAAUACACUUUGGUCAAAUAGAGAGUUAUGUAUUGGCAAAAGCUUGUGAUUGCAUUGAAGACUUGUGUCUAUGUAAUUCAGUAUUGUUAGCCAUUAUUCAUGAAUUAAAAUGUGAAGAACAAUCAAUUAUUGAGGACAACUUCUUACAAGCUGAUGUAUCACAUAUCAAAUUGGCAAUGAAAACAGAUAUUAUUCAAGUUGUAAAUGUGUCAAAAAUUUUGAACAUUGUUGUAUAUAUGAGUUUGACAGACAAAUUAAACAAAGAGAAAAUUUUUCUCUGCAAUUUCCCAAAUGUUGUAGAAUCUGACUGAAAUCCCACAGUGCUCAUGCAUUUUUUGUAUAAUGAUGUGUUUGUACAAAAUUCUGUUUAUAAAACCUAUCAAGGGUUCCAAAUUCUUAAAUUCUUAUAUUUUUAAAUUGAUCUGUCCAUUUCACUACUUUGUACACAUUGAAAUCAUAAAACAUUAGUUUAGAAGCACAUUUUUGUAGGCCUUGUGAAUUUUUUGUGACAGUUUAUUUGAUUUGGGUGAAUAAAUAGUAUACUUAUUUUUUAAAAAGUGUUAAUGCUUUUAAAUUUAAGCAUCCGAUAACUAAGAAUAAGUGUUAUCAACCAUGAUCUUUGUAAAAGCUUUUUUUAAAGAUUCUUGCAAACAAUAUGUAAUGGUUAAGUUUCCUGCAAGCUUCUCGCUAACUAUAUCUGAUGGUUAAAGUUUCCUGCAAGCUUCUCGCGAACAAUAUUUGAUGGUUUAAGUUUCCUGCAAGCUUGUCGCAAACAAUAUCUGAUAGGUAAAGUUUCCUGCAAGCUUGUCGCGAACAAUAUCUGAUGGACAAAGUUUCCUGCAAGCUUCUCGCGAACAAUUCCUGAUGGUUAAAGUUUCCUGCAUGCUUUUCGCGAACAAUAUCUGAUGGUCAAAGUUUCCUGCAAGCUUCUUGCGAACAAUAUCUGAUGGUUUAAGUUUCCUGCAAGGUUUCUGCGAAGAGACAAGUUUCUGCGAAUUUGCAGCAAGCUUGCAGCAAAAAGCCGCAAUGUUCGCAGAAGGGUUGCAGC